AUGUGCUCCUCGCUUUAUGCUGGACCGAACGCGGGGCACGCCCCCUCCGGGAGCCUAUUUAGAGAGGAGCCGGUGCGCGACUCGCUCCGAAGGGAGAGGAGGAAGUCGGAGGAGAGGGAGCGAGUCUGCCGGCAGCCUGGACCCGUCCCUGCGCUCGGCAUGUCCGGCAGCCUGGGGACAGCGACCCGGACCCUGUGCCUCCUCCUCCUUGCUCCUGGCUGGGUAGACCUGCAGGCCUGCACGUACCCAUGCCAGUGUCCCUCCCAGCCCGCGCAGUGCCCCGCCGGCACCAGCCACGUGUUGGAUGCCUGUGGCUGCUGCAAGGUGUGUGCCAGGCAGCUCGGCGAGCUCUGCUCCCUGCAGAAGCCCUGUGACCAUCACAAGGGACUCUACUGCGACUUCUCCAAGAUCCACAGAGGCAGCGGGAUCUGCUUAGCUCACGAGGGUGCAACUUGUGACCUGCUGGGCAAGAUCUACCACAACGGGGAGAGCUUCCAGCCCACCUGCAAGCUGCAGUGCAUCUGCAUGGACGGGGCCAUCGGCUGCACCCCGCUCUGCUCCGACGACCUGCGGCUGCCGUCCCCCGAGUGCCCCAACCCGCGGCGGGUCAAGGUCCACAACAAGUGCUGCGAGGAGUGGGUCUGUGCGGGGGGCAGCGAGGAGAACCGCUUGGACACGGCCAUGGCGGUUUUCAGGGAGGAUGCAGCACACAAGCCAGAGCUGAACAACCUGCAGGAGAACUGCUUGGUGCAGACCACGGAGUGGAGCGCCUGCUCCAAGAGCUGUGGCAUGGGCAUCUCUGCGCGGGUGACCAACGACAACCCCCAGUGCCGCCUGGAGAAGGAGACCCGGCUCUGCAUGGUCCGGCCCUGCGACUUCCCUGUGGACACAGCCAAGAAGGGGAAGAAAUGUGUGCGGACCCCAAAGCCACGCCAGAGCCUCCACUUUGAGUUCUCGGGCUGCACCAGCUCCCGUUCCUACCGGCCCAGGUUCUGCGGGAGCUGCACGGACGGGCGCUGCUGCACCCCGUACGUCACCAGCACCGUGGAGGUGGAGUUCCGCUGCCCCGAGGGCGACUUCUUCCAGCGCAAGAUGAUGUUCAUCAAGAUGUGCUCCUGCCACCACGACUGCCCCCGAGACAACGACAUCUUCCUGGCCACCUACCACAGGAGGAUGAUCGGAGACCACGUCAAGACCGACGGGCAGUAG